AAUACCAGCCGCGCCGCUUACUGAGACUGGAAACCGUUAGCUAGCUGCUAAAAACCUGCUAGCCAGCUAGCUAGCUAACGGACUGUUUGGGAUAAAGACAUCUUAGCUAGCUAGCUAACUAGCCUGCUUCUAUAGAGCAACGUAGCGAGACACAGGGCGUUAGCUAGCUAGCUAGCUAAGUGUUAAGGUACAGCAGUGAUAGAUGGAAUAGUAGCUAAACUGUAGUUAGCUGCUAAAUAUGGCCCGCAUUUUUAUUUGAAUUAUUUUACAGACCCGACAGACAGUCAGCUAAUAUACAACCGGCUGCUUUAAAACACUUAUUUGUCGCCGGGAGGAUCUUCUGCAAGCCGCGGAGCUGGCCAUGCCUGCGAGUGUUCGUGCAGGGAGUCUAAAGGACCCUGAGGUAGCAGAUUUGUUCUACAAAGAUGACCCUGAGAAACUCUUUGUUGACCUCCGAGAGAUCGGUCAUGGAAGCUUUGGAGCUGUCUACUUUGCACAUGAUGUUCGCUCCAAUGAGGUGGUGGCCAUCAAAAAGAUGUCCUACAGUGGCAAGCAGUCAAAUGAGAAAUGGCAAGACAUUAUUAAAGAAGUUAAGUUUCUACAAAAGCUUCGGCACCCCAACACUAUUGAGUACAAAGGAUGCUACCUAAGGGAACAUACAGCAUGGCUGGUGAUGGAGUACUGUUUAGGUUCUGCCUCUGAUCUUUUAGAGGUUCACAAGAAGCCCUUACAAGAAGUGGAAAUAGCUGCUAUUACCCAUGGUGCAUUGCAGGGUCUGGCUUACCUACACUCCCAUAAUAUGAUUCACAGGGAUGUAAAGGCAGGGAAUAUUUUGCUGACUGAACCUGGACAGGUGAAGCUUGGGGAUUUUGGCUCUGCCUCCAUUGUGUCCCCUGCUAACUCUUUUGUGGGCACACCCUAUUGGAUGGCCCCGGAAGUGAUUUUAGCCAUGGAUGAGGGUCAGUAUGAUGGCAAGGUGGAUGUCUGGUCUCUGGGAAUCACAUGUAUAGAGUUGGCGGAGAGAAAACCUCCCUUGUUUAAUAUGAAUGCUAUGAGUGCCUUAUAUCAUAUUGCUCAGAACGAGAGCCCUGUCCUGGCAUCAAAUCACUGGUCAGAUUAUUUCCGUAACUUUGUAGACUCUUGUCUACAGAAGAUUCCUCAGGACAGGCCUACCUCUGAUGUGCUGCUCAAUCAUCGGUUUUUAUGUCGAGAGCGCCCCAUGUCUGUGGUUAUGGAUCUAAUUGCACGGACAAAAGAUGCAGUAAGGGAGCUAGACAACCUGCAGUAUCGAAAGAUGAAGAAGAUCCUCUUCCAGGAAACACACAAUGGUCCUGCACAGGAUGGAGCAGAAGAAGAGGAGGAUGUGGAUCAGUACCUGUUGCGAAUGGGCACAGUAAACAGCAUGGAGAGUUCUCAUUCAGUGCCCUCCAUGUCUAUAAGUGCCAGUUCCCAGAGUUCUUCAGUCAACAGCCUGGCCGAUGGCUCAGACGACAGCGCAGAGAUGGCAAUGAUGGGUGAAGGAGAGCAUACAGUCACCUCUAACAGCUCCAUCAUACAUCGGCCUACUGGUCCUGACAAUAUCUAUGAUGACCCGUACCAGCCAGAGAUAGACUCUCAACAACAGCAGCAGCAACAGGCAACAUCAGGGGCACGCAGAAGAGCACACUACCGCAAUCGUGACCAUUUUGCUACCAUUCGUACAGCUUCCCUGGUGACACGACAGAUCCAGGAACAUGAGCAAGGCUCAGCACUGCGUGAGCAGAUGACUGGCUACAAGCGCAUGCGGCGACAGCACCAGAAGCAGCUUUUGGCCUUGGAGAACAAGCUCAAGUCUGAAAUGGAUGAGCAUCAGCUGAGGUUGGAUAAAGAACUGGAGAGCCAACGGAACAGCUUCGGUAGUGAGGCUGACAAGCUGUCCAAGAAGCACCAGGCUAUCUUGGAGAAAGAGACUAAAGCAGCACAAGCUGAGGAAAAAAAGUUCCAGCAGCACAUUCUGGGCCAGCAGAAGAAGGAGCUUACCAACCUGCUGGAGUCACAGAAACGCCAGUACAGACAGCACAAGGAACAGCUUAAAGAGGAGCUGAAUGAGAAUCAGUCUACCCCAAAGCGGGAGAAGCAAGAGUGGUUGGUAAGGCAGAAGGAGUGUCUCCAGCAAAUCCAGGCAGAAGAAGAGGCAGGUUUGCUAAGGCGUCAGAGGCAAUAUUAUGAGCUCCAGUGUCGACAGUAUAAGAGGAAGAUGCUGCUAGCGCGACACAACCUGGAGCAGGAUCUGCUGAGGGAGGAGCUAAACAAGCGUCAGACUCAAAAGGAUCUGGAGUGUGCCAUGCUGCUAAGACAUCACGAGUCUACGCAAGAGCUGGAGUUCCGUCAGCUAGGUCUAGUUCAGCAUACGCGAGCUGACCUUAUUCGCACACAGCACCAGAGCGAACUGGCCAAUCAGAUGGACUACAACAAACGCCGCGAACAGGAGCUCCGCCAAAAACACAGCAUGGAGGUCCGCCAGCAACCCAAGAGUCUGAAGACUAAGGAGCUCCAGAUCAAGCGUCAGUUUCAGGACACGUGUAAGAUUCAAACGCGGCAAUACAAGGCACUGCGAAACCACCUACUGGAGACCACACCUAAGUCUGACCAUAAGGCAGUGCUGAAGAGACUUAAGGAGGAGCAAACACGCAAACUAGCCAUUCUUGCUGAGCAGUACGACCACUCAAUCAAUGACAUGCUGUCCACACAGGCUUUGCGAUUGGAUGAAACACAAGAGGCAGAGUACCAAGUUCUUCGGAUGCAACUGCAGCAGGAACUGGAACUGCUGAAUGCAUACCAGAGCAAAAUUAAAAUGCACACGGACACGCAGCAUGAGAGGGAGGUCAAAGACCUGGAGCAGAGAGUAUCCAUCCGCAGAGCGCUGCUUGAACAGAGGAUUGAGGAGGAAAUGCUGUCCCUGCAGAAUGACCGUUCCGAGCGGAUACGCACAUUGCUUGAGCGACAGGCCAGAGAAAUUGAGGCCUUUGACUCAGAAAGUAUGCGACUGGGCUUCAGCAACAUGGCACUAACUGGCAUCCCAGCUGAGGCUUACAGCCAGGGCUAUUCAAACCCGCCCUCAUCAGGAUCUGGUGGCUGGCCCUCACGCCCUGUGCCCCGCUCAGGCAGCCAUUGGAGCCACGGUGUCCAGAACUCAGCAGCACCUCCGUCUUGGAGAAGCCAGAACAGCACAGCAGCAUUCAGCAGAGGGGAAUCUAUUUCAAGCCGCGAUCGAGAAAGGGACACAGAGAGAGAUUUUGAUGUUCCAGGAUCACGUGGCAUACCUAGUUCUCUGUCAUCAGCAUCGUCAUCAUCUUCUUCGUCCUCUUCGUCUCAUCAUCGUCUGCACUAUAUGGCACAGCAGUACCACCAUCAAAGCACCCCCCACCUAUACCGAGAGCGAGAGAGAGAAAGGGAGAGAGAAAGGGAGCGUGAAAGAGAGUGGGUAGGCAGCAGUGGAGGAAGUCACCAUUCAUCGUCAUCGUCAUCGUCAUACGCACAUGGCCACUCCCGACAUACAUCCAGCCAUGCUUCUUCUCAGUCUCUGGCUUUGCUUCCUCCUCCACCGCCGCCUCCUCCCGUCUCAUUCUCCCCCUCAUCUCCACCCUCGUCCUCAUCAUCCUCAUCGUCUCAGGGUGGCUAUGGUGGCAGAGGUGAAGGUCUGGUGGUCAGAGGUCCUGGUCUGAUGGCCCUGAGAAACAGCCCAGGUCCACUAAGAAGAACGGCAUCAGGGGGAGGACCUGGAGGAGCAGCUGGGGAUGGAGGGUUGAGUCGCAGCACCUCGGUCACCUCCCACAUUUCCAAUGGCUCCCACCUCUCUUACUCCUAAAGUACACAGGCAGGAAUUGCCAACGAUAAUUCACAGGAAAGGUGCUUUAGAGGGCUGAUUAUUUCUUUACUGGUUUGGAUUAAGACAUUUUUGUUCCACUUUUAGUAUCUCGUGGUGGAUUUGGCUAUUCCUUUAGUAUUUUGUACAGCAAGUUAUCACGUAUACUCCUUUGGUAGUUUGGUAGAUCUCAGGGUUAUCAAGGGAGGGAUGGGGUGAGAGAAUUAAACCAAGAGAUGUUACAAAUUAGGAGAUAUGUGCUUUAUUUGAGGUAGACUGAAGAACGGCAGUUCCCAGAUUGGGAUGGUUAUCUGCUGGUGGAUUUUGUGUAGUUGCUGGGGGGAAAAGACAGUGGCCGAGAGAUACAUAAAAAUUAUUAGAAAACUAAACACAAAACAUUCACCGAACCACAAUAUUUUACAGAAAUGGUGAAAGCUGUUUUCAUUCAUUUUUUUAAAGCAGAUAUUCGACACUGAAUAGUGUUGAUUGUCCAUUUGCAAACAUUACUCGCCCUUAAUUAUAUAAGUGUACACUAAUCU